AGUUUACAAGCGAGGUUGGUGAGUGGGUGUUGGUCAGUCUCUCUUCUCUCGUUUGAUGAAGAUCUGCGUCCAGUUUUGUGUUUAGUUAUGUACUUGAAGAUGACCAUAACCCUGAUCUGGCUGGAACUCGGGGGUCUUCUAGCAAUCGGUGUGAAGCCUCCCGGUGACACUUCCUUCACGACUCCGUACAAUGGGACUGGACCCCUCGCCAACGUCUUUACUAACGCCCCUAAAAAACGAAUAACGCGUGACGUGACGGAAUCCCAUAUUUUAGAACCGUCUGUCGUAGCUUUCUCUGUGAGCAAAGCUACAGGAAAACUUACCGCCAUCGCCCACGUUCAUUUUGAAGUAGUGAUGGUGAACAUAGGAGACGGCUGGGACACUGCAACCAGUGAGUUCUUGGCUCCUGUUGCUGGAAGUUAUCACUUCAUCUUCACCGCUCUUGGUGAAAGGAAUGAAGACAUCACAAUGUCUUUGACCAAAAAUGGCGUAGAUAAGGCGACUGCUUCCGGGUGGAAAGAAACCUUUCCAUAUGUCGUCGUCUCGGUGCUCCUGGACCUAAAGAGACUUGACAAGAUAUCCGUGAAGUUGCAAGAGGGCAGCAUCUUCGAACCGCCGAGCAACGAAACCGUUACAGCCUUCGCUGGUUACCUAUUAUCUAGCUCGUAAAAGUCUAGUCUGUGAGGUGCAUUUGUACUAAUUAAAUUACUUCGUAGCU